AUGUUUUCCUUCCUAUUCUUUGCUUUGCUCUGCGCCACCUGCAUGGCAAAACCUGGCUUGGUGCACUUCUCCUACUCCCGAGCUGUUGGGGAUGGUUCUGGCACCUCCUUCUCCUCAGAGGGCCAGGGAAGGAUCACAGCGGUCAGGGUUUGGGAGAAGAGUAACUCCUACAUCACUGGUAUCCAGCUGCGCUAUGAUUACGUUUGGUCUCAAAGGCUUGGUCGCAGUUAUGGUACUGCAAAGGAAAUGGUCCUGUUUGACGAUGAGGUCAUCGUCCAGGUCUCUGGUAAAUACCACUCCAACUACAUCUAUCAGGUGAUGUUUGUGACCUCCAGAGGACGCUUUCUGACUGCUGGACAGCCAUAUCAGAGAUCCUUUAACUUCUACCCAACCCACCCGGAAGCAGAGCUCAGAUUGCUGAGCGGCCGCUAUAAUGGCAAUGGGAUUACUUCACUGGGAGCUCACUGGGGAGUGAUCUUCAUGAAACAAGGCAACAGCACUAACACUGGAGCAUAA